AGGAUUCGCUCCGCUUCGUGACUGCCGCCGAGUAGCUGCUGACGUUUCAUUUCUCUGACGAGAAAGAAAGCGGAUAAAACCCUAGUCGUCUCUCUAAACCCUGUCUCCUCGAUUUCGCCGAACCCAAAAAGGCAAAAAAAAGGAAGGGGAAAAAAAAAAAAUCCCCGGAGGAGAAAGGAAAAGAGAAGGAUUUUACUUACGACAACUGAAAUCUAUUAUCUUCAGUUUGAGGGAAAGAAGAUUCACGGUAUGGCUUUUGCCCAUCGAUGCGGUGUCCAUUGUUACUCGGUCCCUUGUACCGGUCAUAGUUCACAGACAAGAAUACCUGCAGUUCUAGAAUACCCUAGCUGUAAUUUGCAACAAAAAAGUUUGACUAAUGUGGCAUUUAAUGGAAAGAGAGUUAAUGGCAACUCAGAGAAGGCCACGGCUUCACGACACUCAAAACCUAUGAAGCCCAAAAAUGUAAAUACGUCCGCUUUAUCUAUGGAUGGAUACUUUAUUGACUAUGAUGAAGAAACGAACAACGAGAUCCUCUGCAAGUUUGCUGAGAAUGGCAUGUUGGUCGAAGCGGCCAAUUUGAUUGAUGUCAUGGCGAGACGAGGGCAGGUCCCUGACUCCCUGUCCUGUAUCAACUUAAUUCGUGGACUUAUCAAUGUUGAUAAAUUGGAGAAAGCCAGCCGCAUUCUUAAAGUGAUGGUUAUGUCGGGAGGUGUCCCUGAUCUGAUCACUUAUAAUAAGUUGAUUGGGGGUUUUUGUAGGAGAGGACAACUGACUCCUGCCAUGCAAGUUUUAGAGGACAUGUGCUUUGCUGGUUGCCCUCCAGAUGUGAUUACUUUUAAUACUAUGAUUCGGGGAUUUUGUGAUGAGGGAAAAUACGAGGAGGCAGUUCGAUUUUGGAAAGACCAGUUAAAAAAAGGGUUUCCUCCAUAUGUAAUCUCUAACACUAUUCUUCUCGAACUUGUAUGCAAGAAUUGCGGCAUCAAAAGGGCUAUGGAGGCUCUGGAAGAUUUAUCCUUAGAGGGAUGCUGUCCUGAUAUUGUUACUUUUAACUCUCUUAUCAAUGUACUUUGUAAAGAGGGAAAAUGUGAGGAUGCAAUUAUUGUUAUUCCGAGCCUCAUUGAACUUGGGUUAGAGCCAAACGCUGUCACAUAUAACACUUUACUUCAUUGUGUCUGCAGCAAGGGGAACUGGUCUGAAGCCGAUGAUAUUAUUUCACUCAUGAGUCAAGGAGCCCAUUCCCCGACAGUGGUUACAUAUAAUAUCUUGAUCAAUAAUUUGUGCAAGUACCAACUUUUGGAUCGUGCAAUUGAUUUCUUAUAUAAGAUGGUAGCUGAGGGCUGUUCACCUGACAUAGUCACCUACAACACACUCUUAGGGGCAAUGUGUAAAGAGAACAUGACAGAGGAUGCUCUUAAUCUACUUUAUUACAUGAGGAACAACAAAUUCCCUUUGGUUUUAAUCACUUAUAACACUGUGAUUGAUGCUUUAGCAAAGAUGGGAGAAGUAAUGAGAGCUACGGUUCUAUUUGAUGAAAUGGUUAGAGAUGGUAUCCAUCCAGAUGACAUCACUUAUGGUUCACUAGUCAUGGGCUUUUGCAAGAAGGAUAUGGCAGAGGAGGCAGUAGAUAUGUUGAAGGAGAUGUAUAAGAGAAAUUGCAGAAUACGAGGCAUAACUUUUAGCUUAGUUAUCCAGGCAUUAUGCAGGCAAAAGAGGGUUGAUACUGCUAUUGAAAUUUUGGAUAUGAUGGUCACCAGUAGUAAUAAACCCAGUAAAGCAAUUUAUGACUCCCUGGUCAGGGCCGUGUCUGCAUCUGGAAUGGUAGAGGAGGCUACUGAACUUUGUAAGAAGUUGAUCGAGUACAAAAUUCUCAGAGAAGGCUCUUUGAGUUUUUAGUAGUUUCGAUCUCCGAAGUAGCCAAUUUUGACUGCUAUUUUAUGGAACUAACGGGCCUUUGGUUGAUUAUAUUGCAACUGGUAGAUGUCAUCUGUUUCUUAGAGAUCUACAGUUCAUACUGUAAAAAUACUUCCAUAAGGAGGCAUCUCAUUGUCGGGUUUCAGUAUCUGAGACAUUUCUGCUGUAUGCUCAAUGUAAUACAAUGGGUAUGGACAGUUUGCUACAAUGUUGGCACAUGAGAAUGAAAUCCAAAGUUUUGCAGAUUCGGAUUCUCAGAAUAACAAAUACUUCCAGCAACGAUUUUUAUUUUCUGUAUCAUACUCGGAAGGUAAUUCUUGUUGAUUUAUUUCAUUUUCCAAGUAUCACAUUUCUUUUAAGUUUAAUUAUUAUGGACAUUUCUUUUAGCUCAAAUUAUCGACUCUUUUGCCUCCUUGUGGCUCGGUUUAAGUUUGUUUAUACUCUUUCAUUGGUCAGUCUCUUGGACAGAGUUUGCAUUAUUAA